UUGGGAGCCUGGGUGCGAGGAACUGGGGCGCUGUGGGAACAGUACUGUGGAGCUGUGUGGGGUGUUAGAGUCGCACUCCUCAAGCCCUGCGAAAGGUUUCCCGCGGGAUGUGGGAAAACCACCUCACGGAUCGUCUAGUCCGGCCUUCCUCUUCUAAAGAUUGUGAGGCUGAGGGGAGAAGUCCUCUUCCCAAAGCUUCACAUAAGCCUCGGGAAGAUGCAGGCGCCCUCUGUCUCCCCAGAUUCAGUGCACGGCUCAUUCCGAGGUGGUGUGGGCAAGAGCACCAAGUCUGGGGAGGAGCCAGUAGUCCAGGUCCCCGUGGUGGAUGUGCAGAGUGACAACUUCAAGGAGAUGUGGCCAUCGCUCCUGCUGGCCCUAAAGACCGCUAGCUUUGUGGCUGUGGACACGGAACUGAGUGGGCUUGGGGACAGGAAGAGUUUGCUGAACCAGUGCAUCGAGGAACGUUACAAGUCCGUGUGUCAUGCUGCCAGAACCCGUUCUGUUCUCUCCCUGGGCCUCGCCUGCUUCAAGCAGCAGCCAGACAAGGGCGAACACUCCUACCUGGCUCAGGUGUUCAAUUUGACCCUGCUGUGCAUGGAGGAGUAUGUGAUAGAGCCAAAGUCUGUGCAGUUCUUAGUACAGCAUGGCUUCAACUUCAACCGCCAGUACGCUCAGGGGAUCCCUUACCACAAGGGCAAUGACAAGGGCAAUGAGAGCCAGAGCCAGUCAGUCAGGACGCUGUUCCUGGAGCUGAUCCGGGCCCGCCGGCCCCUGGUGCUGCACAACGGCCUCAUAGACUUGGUGUUCCUGUACCAGAACUUUUACGCACACCUGCCCGAGAGCUUGGGAACCUUCACUGCUGACCUGUGUGAAAUGUUCCCAGCCGGCAUUUAUGACACCAAAUACGCUGCUGAGUUUCAUGCGCGCUUCGUGGCCUCCUAUCUAGAGUAUGCUUUCCGGAAAUGUGAGCGGGAAAACGGGAAGCAGCGGGCAGCCGGCAGCCCACACCUCAGCCUGGAGUUCUGUAGCUAUCCUCCUAGCAUGAGGGCUCACAUUGACUACCGCUGCUGCAUGCCCCCUGCAACCCACCGUCCUCAUUCCACCAGUGUCUGUGACAACUUUUCGGCCUAUGGUUGGUGUCCCCUGGGACCACAGUGUCCUCGGUCCCAUGAUAUUGACCUCAUCAUUGAUACUGAUGAGGCUGUGGUGGAGGACAAGCGGCGACGGCGGCGACGUAGGGAAAAAAGGCGGAGGGCUUUGUUGGGCCUGCCCGGGAAACAGACCUCUGAGGAGAAUGAGGAUGGUCCUCCCGUGAAGCAGGUCUGUGGGGAUGGCCUCAAGGCUGAAGAAAUUGAGCAGGAGGUGGCUGAGGAUGAGAGUAGGAGCCAGCCUGGCUUGGAGCAAGGGCACAAAAAUGACUUGGAGAUGGGCAUUAGAGCUGCAGGGCUGGAAACAGCUGAUACGGCUACCUCAGAAGCACCAGAGAGUCAAGCCAAUCCUCACCCAGUGCCUGGGGACGGAUUGCAUCGGGCAGGUUUUGAUGCCUUUAUGACAGGUUACGUGAUGGCCUAUGUGGGAGUGAGCCAGGGACCCCAGCCCUGUAGCUCUGGACCCUGGCUACCUGAAUGCCACAAUAAGGUGUACCUGAGUGGCAAAGCUGUCCCCCUCACGGUGGCCAAGAGCCAGUUUUCCCGUUCCUCCAAAGCCCACAACCAGAAGAUGAAGCUGGCUUGGGGCAGCAGCUGACCUAGCUUCUGCCUAGGACUCAAGGCCUGGGAGGAGAACUGAGUGGAACAGAGGUGUCUGGGUCCCUCUAGGCUGUGAAUGUCCUACUCCCACCUUCCACAGAGGGGGGCAGUCCUGGCAGAGACACUGCUGCACCACUUGUGGACCUUCCCAUUCCCCUAGAGGCUGAGGAACCAGGGUAUACACAAGGAGGCUGGCCAGCACCUGUAACACAGACUUUAUUUAUUUUUAAAUCUGAAAGUGUCUUAGGAAAAAGUAUUACCAAAAAAUCAACAGAAACAAGUUAUGAAAAUAUUUGACCAG